AUGUCCAAAGCAAAAAUAAAUCUUGCUAACUUGGAUUUCAGCUGUACCUACUCAUUUGAAGAGUUCGAGUUCAUUAAUGAACAGCUCAAAACACGCAUCUUAGAAGUCAAUGGGCAACCAGUCAAUUUAUUUGAUCUUGAUGAAAAUGGAAAGCUUGUUCUAAUGUCACAGGUCACUCACUGCAUGGAGGUUACUGUUGGAAAGAUUGCCAGACAGCUUGAUAACUGGAAUGUUCAAACUCGACAGAACAGGGACGUAAAAACAGCACAAGGAGAGUUUAAUUUCAGUAAUGAAGGUCAAAGAAUGAUCAAAGCUCCUGAUGUCUCCUUCACACCCAAAGUGGUAUCUCGUCAAUUGACUGAAUUACAACGUUGGGCUUUCCAGGAAUGUAAAGACUUGCAAAUUGAUUGUCCUGAAUGUGACGAAACCUUCUCUGAUCAUUACACUUAUUCAGAACAUUAUGAAGAUGAGUAUGUUCGUAAAUGGCGUAAAACAGAGUAG